CGCUAUUAACCCCCUUCUCUCAGGACAAAACCGUCAUUUCCUCUCACACGCCAUACUCAAAGCACCUCGCCGGAGCCAAACCCCCAAAAGGAACCUCCCCUUUUAAACCAAAUCUGAAGAAAAAAAAUUACGAAAUCCUAAUUUCAUCUCGAUUUCAAAUCGAGAGAGCGUUAAAAAAUGGGAGAUUUCAAUUUAGCACUGGUAAUCGUAGCUAUAGUAGUGUGCAUCAUCGUGCUCUUGUUCAAUGUCUACCUCCUAGUCAAUUACCAGCAUCCGGACGACAAGAAUCAAGCUUAUUUUCCCAAAUUCGUUGUCGUUUUUGGCCUCUCCGUUGCCGCUAUCUCGAUUUUGAUGUUACCGGCUGACGUAGCCAACCGGCAAGCUUGUCGUCACGCGAUUUAUAAUGGCGCGUGCAAUCUUACCUUGCCAAUGAAGGAUCUCUGGAUUGCUGUAUACAUUGUUGAUGCUGUGCUUGUUUUUUUCAUUAUUCCUUUUGCGAUGUUUUACUAUGAAGGGGAUCAGGACAAGAGUGUUGCUAAAAGAAUUAAAAGUGCUUUACUGUGGGUUAUAACAACGGCGAUUGUGUGUGGUCUUGUGCUCGGCAUUUUAUACGGGGUUAUUGGAAAAGUUGACUUCACUGUUAGGCAUCUCUCUUCGACCACAACUACUUUUCCGAGUACUUGGGAUUUCUCAGGCAGUCAACCAUGUAUUGGAAGUGGCCCACACCAGUGCUCUGCAUAUCUUGCAAAUGCUUCCUCAGAGAAAACUUGGACCAUGCGCGCUACAUUUCCAGAAUAUGUUGUUGCUCUUGCUACAAUUGUUGGAUCUGUACUCUUUGCGAUAUUUGGUGGUGUUGGGAUUGCUUGUUUGCCAUUGGGACUUAUCUUCUCUUUCAUCAGGCGUCCAAAGGCUGUUAUCACGCGGUCACAAUAUAUUAAGGAAGCAACUGAAUUUGGUAAAAAAGCGAGAGAACUGAAGAAAGCAGCUGAUGCACUCCAUCAGGAGGAAAGAAGUGGUUCCAAGGGUAGAAAAUGGCGUAAAAAUGUCAAGUCAGUAGAAAAGGAAUUGCUUCAGCUAGAAGAAGAUGUAAAGCUGUUAGAAGAGAUGUACCCGCAAGGGGAGAAGGCUGAGACAGCCUGGGCUUUGACGGUUCUUGGCUACUUGGCAAAACUUGUGUUGGGAAUCUUAGGGUUGAUUGUUUCGGUGGCUUGGGUUGCUCAUAUUAUCAUAUACCUGUUGGUUGAUCCACCACUUUCUCCUUUCCUGAAUGAGGUCUUCAUCAAGUUGGAUGACAUAUGGGGUCUUCUGGGUACUGUUGCGUUUGCUUUCUUCUGCUUCUACCUUCUGCUUGCAGUCAUAGCUGGGGCAAUGAUGCUGGGCCUGAGAUUAGUUUUCAUUACGAUUCAUCCCAUGAAGUGGGGAGCCACUCUAAUGAACUCCUUUCUUUUCAAUGUGGGACUCAUUCUCCUAUGCUCCAUUAGCGUGAUUCAGUUCUGUGCCACUGCAUUUGGCUACUAUGCUCAAGCAACUGCAGCCCAAGAAAUUUUCGGUCACACAUUGCAGUCACUCCGUGGAAUUAAAUAUUUGUACAAGUAUAACGUGUUCCAAAUAUCAUUUGUUGUUCUGGCGGGUUUGACUUUUAUUUAUUAUGCUGCCUUUGGAUGGAGAAGAAAAAAGCGUAGUGGCAGGUUCCAACUUUCCUCAUAAGCAUGUUAUUUACCAGAAGUGCAUGUACCUGCCUGGAGGCUUCGGAAUUCAUUUGUAUCAUCUGUUUUGGAGUUUGUUUCAUAUUUGGAUGUCUUUGGCCCAGUUUUGUUAAUGUUGAAAGGUGUUGAAAAGCGGGCGAUAUAUCAUCCGAGCAAAUUGGGUUGGCUAGUGGUAGUGGCAUGGUGAGUGUUGCUACUGUUUCUGCUUGUUUUUUUUCCCCCUUGUGUAUGUAUUAUUCUUUAUUUAGUUAGUGUUAUACCCUUGCUUGGGCAUGUACCGAGUAUCUUCAGCAGAGUCAUAGAUGGGUUUGUACAACUUCCGACGAUGUAAUAUAACCAUUGAGAACAAAAGAUCUUAGAAGUCGUUCAAAUGUUCAA